CACUCAAGCUCUGUCAUCUGGUUGCACAGAUGCUUUAUAGUUUGCCUCCUCCUUUCUCCUUUGUGGAAAUUCCUGUCACACUGCCUUGUGAUGUUAAAAAUGGUAUAGAACGACCAAUUUUACUAUGAUGUCAAAUUAACACGGACCAGAGCAAGUCGAGACAGAGGAAGAGCAAAUGAACAGCAGCCCAAGGAAAGGACUUUACAUUCCUGCUUUGUAGGAAUGUGGUUUCUCUGUACCAUGAGUUUUUAGUGAUUGUGAUCAAUUAGAUUGCGCACACUUGAAGAUUGACUCCUCUUGAAGCUAUAAUGGAGGAUACUCUUGAGUUGAAUACCACCGAUGAUCCACUACAGAACAGAACACCGGUAAUACCGGAGGAUCCACUACAGAACAGAACACCGGUAAUACCGGAGGAAGAAGAGAAGAGGGACUGGAAGAAAGGAAGUCGUCUACUCUCUGGAUUGGUGGGCUGCAAUGUCUUGUUCUUCAGCUGUGCUUUGCUAACCUGUGUGUUCACUGAGGACGUUGACAUCUUCGAGAAAGAUUUUUUUAUAUUCCUCACUCUCAUGAUGGUCCUCUGCAUCUCCUGGAUGCUUUUCCAAAUGUUCUUCACCUGGAGGAACAAGAAUGCAGUUCUGUAUAAAGAUUGCCAGGCAGGUCCAAUAUGGAUGAGAGCUGGAAUCAUUCUCUUUGGCAUUGGUUCACUUAUUAUGACCUCUUUAAAGAUUGCAUACACAGCUGAGUCCACAGAUUGCAUCACGCCCAUGAAAAUUACGCAACCUGUCAUACAAGCCCUCUUCGUCAUUGUUCAGACAUGUUUUCUUUGGAUCUCUUGCAAACAUUGUGUCCAGAUCCAUUUAAUUACUACCAGGUGCUUUCUGAUGAUGCUGUUGAUGGUAAAUCUCACUAUCUGGAUUAUCACGGUUACUGAAGAAUCCAGACAUCACACCACUGAAUUGGAGUUGUUCUUUAGAAGAAAGGCUUCAGAAACGAAUAGCACUGAAAAUAAUAAAGGUGGCGAUGAAGAUGAGAACAGCUGUGGAUGCUCAUACAAAUGUGGCAUUAACAAAAGAGUUUUUCUUUAUUUGUACCCCUUUAAUGUUGAGUACAAUCUUUUUGCUGCAGCAAUGAUCUAUAUCAUGUGGAAGAAUGUCGGACGCAAGAUUGACGAAAAUGCUUUUUUCCACCAUGGACUGGGGCCAGGGGUUCGUAAACACAUUCCACUUCUGGGCCUUUUUUCAGGUUUGGCCAUUGUAAUUACAGGCCUAGUAAUGUUUAUCUUGUAUGAAGUGGGUAGAGAGAAUGCUCAAAAACUUUGGGUAUCUUUGACAGCUUUCUACUUCUUUCAUUUGAUCAGUCUUUCUCUUAUGUGUCUGGCCAACGUGGUGGGAAUUGUCAUUUUCCAGCUGGAUAAGAGGAACAUGUGCAAUCAGAAGAACCCAAGUCGGACCUUAGAUACUGUUCUACUUGUGUUGGCAACAUUGGGCCAAUAUGGAAUAUCUUAUUAUUCUAUUAUAGCCAUGGCAUUCACGGUUCCCUUUGGCCUCAUGUGUGGUUUAACAUUUUCCUAUUCUGUACUGAUGAUUAUUCAACACUCCCUUCAAAAUGCUUUUAUAAUAGAAGGCCUGCACCGUCUUCCCCCCGCCAACUUGCUUAAAGAUCAUCCAAAAAAGACUUCCCCCAUGCCUGUGGAACAACAUGAUUCUUUAAGACGUAUAAGUGUGCAAGAGGACGAAAACAGAUUGUCCCUAACAAGCCCUCAAAGAAAUCGAAGACUGUCAAGAAGGGAGACUCUGGCACGAAACAUUAAGAGCCAUCUGAAGAAAAGAAAAACUAUGAAGGACUUUUACUUGUUUCUCUUCCUCUGUAAUAUUAUAUUCUGGAUUAUGCCAGCCUUUGGAGCUCGGAUCAGAUUUGACACUGGAUUGGAGGUGCAUUUUUAUGGAUUUUCCAUGUGGGCUAUAAUUACCAAUAUUUGCCUUCCCUUUGGAAUUUUUUACCGGAUGCACGCUGCUGCCAGUCUGCUGGAACUAUAUAGCAUGGCCUAGAAGGUCUACAAUAUGUUCUGCUGGUUGGAAUACAACUUUUUCGUACCAACAACAACUUGAAUGGCCAACACUUCAAAAGACUUUACUGAGGUUUGAAGUAUUUUAGAGUCACAGGUUGAGUCAUCAUGGAUCUAGAACAAAUUGUUCUUUUUUAGCAAACACUUUGCACACUUUUUUAUUUUUUAUAUUUUUAUUUUUUUUGAAACACCAUAGUCUCAGCUGGCUAUUCUUAUAAUAGGCCUUACCAGUUCUUUUAGAGGGAUUGGUCUAAAGCAGAGGAGUGUUUUAAAGUGCAAUACUCUACAAAUGUUUUGCCUAACUACUCAGUAUCGUACCCAUAAACUGUGAAGAUAUUUAGAGUAGUCCUACUAAAUUUAGACUUUUUGUUGUAAUGUAUCAAUAGGAUCAAUGAAUAAUAGUUAGAAGGUUUGAUUUCUAAUAUAUUCCACAACAAUUACUCAAAUGUUAACUAACAUCAAUUUCAGUGCCUAGAUAAUUUAACACUGGAAUAUUGGGGAAAAAAAUAUAGAUUUUUUUGUGCAUACUUUAUGCAAUCCACAUAACUCAAGUUUUAAUAAAGUAAUGUGUACUGAAGUUAAAGGUUUUUAUACAGUAUAGUUAGUUUAUUUUUUUUUGAGGGGUGGGAGGGUUUAUAUAUAAUAUAUUGGUCAUUAAGUUUAAUAUAGUAUAUAUUUAAUAGAGGGCACCCUACCCUCACUAAUUUAUUACAAAAACAAUUCUUGCACUAUGUUAGAUUAUGUACAUAUUUGAGAUAACAGUCCUUGCUGUUUAAAAAUAUCUGUCAUGGUUUACAUUUUUAUUGAGUAUAUGUACUGAAAAACCUUGAAAUAAAGAAUUUUAUUCAAAAGAGAA